CAUCUCUUAUAACAAACAGACGGUUUACUACUUUUUGUGCCAUACUGAUUUUGAUUGUACCCUUUAUAGGACACAUUCCAGCCAUCCUAGAAUAUAGGAAGACGGCAUAAUAGACCAAAACUGAUCUACUCUAUCUAAUUCAAGUUUAUACUGCCCGUUAAGUCAGACUCAUCCAUGGAAACUGCAAAACAACUGUAUUCAUAUAAUAAUAUAGUAGUUCUGAAUAACUGCAUUGUCACUUUUAUUUUUCGUUUAGCUUCAACUAAGUUCAAAUUUGUGUGUUUCUUAAAAUAUAUAUCCUAUCUAGUACUUUUAAAAAGGAAAAAAAAUUUAUUUCGGUCACAUUAUGUUACAAACUCAUGCAUUUACAAAGUAACUAGUAACCAAUGCAACAUUCAUAUAUACCGUACGUAAUUGUAUUUUUUUUGUUUUUAAGAUUACAAUAGUAAAAGCAGUAAUGGCGGCACUGCCCAUCGAAGUACCAUUUGUAGUUUAUAAUUUUGUAUCGUUUGCAUGUUCCAAGAAAAAUAGCAAGACCUUUUUCUUUAGAACACACGGAACUUGUAAAGACUAGUAGUAACGGAAACGGUCUAAAAUAUCCUAGAAAAUGGCCAGCCAAAACAUUCCUAGAAUUUCAAUAUUCCUUAAAAAUAGGAAGGCGGAAAACAAAUCAAACAAAACACAAAGUCAAGUCAAACAAACGAAGGUCAAAAUGAUAAUAACUUUCAAAACUCAAGGCUAAUAAAAAUCCAAAUUACGUGACAGCCGCCACCAUGAUGUUUAUUUAAAUACCCGAACAUACUUUCUUUUGGCAUCUAUGGUCUUCUCCUAUACAAACUCUCUCUACUCAAUCGCUCAUGCAGACACUUACGCCUAACGUCGAGUUAUUCCACGCGAAACGCAGACAUUUCACAUGCAGUACUCAAACCUCGACCUUCAUCCCGACAAAGCCACUUUCUGUUUUUCCGGCGACUAAAAACAACCGAGAACAUCUCAGAAACCUAGAGAAUGUUCUCAAGACCUCGUCAAACUCUAUAGAAAACUUCAACAACAAGGUAUCUUCUCGCCAAGACAAGACGACGACGUUACUCGGAGGUUUGAACUUGGCGAGACUCUGGCCUCAGAUGAAAGCCGCCGUCGACGAAAUGUCCCCCAAGAAUCUGAAGCGGCUUCAAAGGCUUCUCUCGAAAUCAUCAGAAGAGCGUUCGCCGAAGAAUAAACUCGGGUCUAAAUGGCGGGAGCUACACGGGUCGAACAACUGGGCCGGGUUGCUGGAUCCACUAGACGAGGAUCUCAGGCGAGAGCUUGUCCGUUACGGAGAGUUUGUGCAGGCGGCUUACCAAGGGUUUCACUCGGACCCGGAAGGUUCGCCGAGAGACGUAGCCUUACCAGACGGGUCUUACAAAGUAACGAAGAGUCUUUACGCCACAUCAUCAGUUCGUUUGCCUAAGUGGAUUGAUGACGUGGCACCUGAUCUAAGGUGGAUGACUAAGCAGACGAGCUGGGUUGGGUACGUGGCGGUCUGCGAAGAUCCAAAGGAGAUCCGACGGAUGGGGAGGAGGGAGAUCGUCAUCGCGCUCCGCGGAACCGCCACGUUGCUCGAGUGGUCAGAGAAUUUCAGGCCGAAUCUCGUUUCGAUGCCCGAGCCCAAACCCGAUCCAUCCGACCCGACUCGGCCCAAGGUGGAGUGCGGAUUCAACAGCCUCUACACAACGGGUAGCCAACACGCGCCUAGCCUCGCCGACUCUUUGGUCGCGGAGAUCAGCAGGCUCGUCGAUCUAUACGCAGGAGAGGAGCUGAGCAUAAGCGUCACUGGACACAGCCUCGGCGCCGCCAUAGCUCUCCUAGCCGCCGACGAUAUCGCGGAGCGUGUUACGCACGCGCCUCCGGUGUCGGUAUUUUCCUUCGGCGGACCUCGCGUCGGAAACAGGGAGUUCGCCGAUCGGCUGGAUUCGAAAGGAGUGAAAGUCCUCCGCGUCGUGAACAGCCAGGACGUGGUGACGAAAGUUCCCGGAAUAUUCGCCGAUAAUGAUAAGAACAAGCAGGGGCAGAAUCGUAAUAACGGGGGUAUAAGGGAGAUGGUGGAGAGGAACAAUCCAUGGGCUUACUCGCACGUGGGAGCUGAGCUGCGCGUGGACAUGAAGAUGUCUCCGUAUUUGAAACCUAACGCUGACGUGGCGUGCUGUCAUGACUUGGAGGCCUACUUGCACUUAGUCGACGGGUUUUUAGCUUCGAACUGUCCGUUCAGAACAAACGCGAAACGGAGUUUGAGAAAGCUGUUGGAUGAGCAACGGUCCAACGUCAAGGUUUUGUAUACAGGAAAGUCUUUGAGACGCAACCGUAGUUCUGUUCUUGAUUACGGAGACGUUUUGCCAAGUCCGUCGUCAUGAGCUCUGAAUUUUUUGGCUUCUAUUCUUUAAUCUUUAUGAUAUUUUAUUUUAUUAUUUGGUGGUGAAAAACCUCUGUGUUUUAUUUAUUUGUUAUGAUAUAUCUAUCGCAAUUGGCCAGUUAAAUCCAAAUGUUUUUGUUGUACUAUGUGCCGAUGAUAAAGUUGUGUAAUGGAGAAGACUUUUGUGUUUGUUUUAAUAAAUGGUAAUUUUCUUUUAUAAAUAAAA